CGCACCAAUUGACCUCGUAUAUUGUUUGCUUCAGUCGUAGUACUUAUUUGUUGCCUUUUUUUCAUGUCAGAAUGGCGUCGAGCGAUGGUGUUAGGGACGGCCAACGUGGUGGAGGCCAACGUGACAGACCUAGCCGGAAAUUCAAAAAGGGGGAUCAGACGCGUAGAUUGUGGAACCACCGCAAAGAAGAGAUCCUUGGGGUGACUUUGGUCGAACUUGUAGCCCUUGGGUGGAAAUCUGACAACGGUUUCCGUUCUAGGUAUCUCCAGAGGUGUGAGGAUAGUAUCAGACAAGAGUUUCCGACCACUGAUAUUAAGAGGACUCCAAAUAUCGUGUCGAAGAUCACGUCAUGGAAGAACAGCUACAGCUCCCUUCGCAACAUACUAGAGAGGUCCGGUGUUGGUUUUAGCGUCAAUGGAGACUACAAAAUUGACAUAGACGACGACCAAUGGGAGCAAGUUGUUCAGCGCGAUCCCAAAGCGAAGUUCAUGCGGAACAAGUCUUAGCCGUUAUGGGAGACGUGGAAGCUUAUUUUCGGCAAAGACCGCGCGACCGGCGGUGGUGCAGGGACAUUACCCGACGCCGCUAACCGGGUUCGCAUGGCUGCCGGCCGACACAGUGAAUGGGGUGAGAAUGAUCCCAAGCAGGAUUUGAACAGACCCCACCUCCUGAUGAAAAUGAUGGUGACGAAGACCCCCUUGUUGCGCCUAAUAGCUCUACUAACAUCGACAAACCCAUAUCUGGUACUAAGGCUGGUUCUUCUAAAUGGAAAGCUAGUGAUAGCGAUGGUUCACUAAUGGUUUUCCUAGCCAACCUUCAUGCUGAAACAAACGCAAGGCUAGAAGCCAUAUCCACCAAAAUAGGGUAUGAGUUUAACAUCGGUUUGGCCCGACAUGCUGUGUUUAAGAAGCUUGGUGGGGUUGAUGGGCUCACCCUUGCUCAGAGGUACAAACUUUGUAACAUACUCUCCGACAAGCCUCAGCGGUUAGAGUUUUUUAAUGGGAUGC